AUGUAUUCAAAUAAAAUCGUAUGUAAGCAUUGGUUAAGAGGAUUAUGUAAAAAGAAUGAUCAUUGUGAAUUCUUACAUGAAUAUAAUUUACGUAAAAUGCCAGAAUGUUUAUUUUAUUCAAAGAAUGGAUUUUGUACUCAGACUCCAGAAUGUCUUUAUUUACAUGUUGAUCCUCAGCUGAAGAUACCGGAAUGUCAGAAUUAUAAUAAAGGAUUUUGUCCCGAUGGUCCAAAUUGUAAAAAUAGACAUGUAAGAAGAGUGUUAUGUCCUUUGUUUUUGGCGGGGUUUUGUCCAAAGGGACCUGAAUGUGAAUAUAGUCAUCCGAAAUUUGAAGGAAUUGUGGGAAGGCUACGGGUUAAACCAAAUACUGUUAAAUUGAUAGAUAAUAAAGAUAUUAAGGAUACUUCCGAGGAGGCAGAAGGUCAAAAUGAUAAGGAGGAAGAAUCAAAAGAAGCGGAUGGCACAAUACAAUCUAAACAGAUAGAAGUCCUAGAUGAUAAUUAUACACCUGAACUUGAGGAGCUACCUCUUAUGGAAUAA